AUUCCGCCCUUCACACACGUUGCCCAGCUCACUGCAUAAGCAGGACUGUCAUUAGACAGCCAUCCUCACUUUGAUUCUUCCAAUAUUCUUACUAAACAUCUCGACGCUUAUCGAUGCUUUUGAACCCUUUUCCUAAAUCUUGAAUCUCGCUUGUUGUGAUCUCUUGACACACCCCCAAUUUCCGUCAUUCAUUAUUCUGGCGCAGAGUGAGCAACCUGAAUCUAUCGCACCUCCCAUUUCCCGUCUUAAGAAAUCAUAUAAAAUGGCAGCCGGUUCCACCAAACUCCAAACACCCGGCUCCGAGGCCGGAGGCGGCGCCGCCGACGAUUCUAAGGCGCCCAGCUGGAACAACAAGAAGGCUAGAGACGAGUUUGAAUCCUUCAAGGCAAAACUCCUCGACCAGCACUUCGACCCGAAGCACUUUCACGAUCCUUUGCUCCCCAGAAACGGCUCUGACCCUCGAAAUAAGCCCAAAGGGACGCCGGAGAUUGAGGGAAGGAUCGACCAGAUCAUCGCUCAGUACAAAGCCCGAAGUUGAGAAGUUAGGCGUCAUCUCCCACGCACGGAUGGGCAACUGUGUAUUCUAGACGCAACGAGCUUCCAUAUGUAUCAAGUAUAUGAUUCAGUCUGACGAACCGCAUACAGGCCUUGU